AUGAGGUUCGUCAAGGGGUUUGCUACCAUGUCGCAGCCGAUGACGAAGUUGACCGGGAAGGAUGUCCCGUUUAUUUGGUCAGCUGAGUGUGAGGAGAGUUUUAGUCAGUUCAAGGAGAUGUUGACUACUACACCUGUGUUGGCGUUACCCGGGAAGCCUUAUAUGGUGUAUACAGAUGCUUCAAGCAUUGGACUUGGUUGUGUGCUGAUGCAGGAGGGCAGAGUGAUAGCUUAUGCUUCGAGACAGUGGCAGGGCUAUGAGCGUAACCGUCCUACACAUGAUUUGGAGUUGGGAGCAGUGAUCUUUGCGCUGAAGAUUUGGAGGUCUUACUUGCUGGGUGAGACAGUGCAGGUCUUCACAGAUCACAAGAGUUUACAACAUAUCUUCACUCAGCCGAUGAUGAACGCAAGACAGACGCGCUGA